UAUAUAUUGUUCUAUAUCAUAUCAUAACCUCUAAACCACGAAUUUCCCGCCAAGUAUAAUUAAACAACAUAUACUUUUUAAUUGUGAAACGCGAACAUGUCUGAAGAAACGCCGGAAGGUGAAUUUAGAUUACGACCUAUGAAUUGUGAAUUAAACCAACUUUCAAUGCCUGAUGGAUCGGCAAUGCUAAUGCAAGGAAAUACUGCUGUAGUUGCUGGAAUAUAUGGACCGAUAGAAGCAAAACCACAAAAAAUGAUGUAUGAUAAAGCAUCAGUUGAAGUAUCAUACAGUCCUAUCAAAGGUCCAGCAAAGGUGGAUGACAGAAUGACAGAAAUGUAUAUCAAGGAAACUUGUGAAGCUGCAAUAAUUGUUACUUUCCAUCCAGCAACUGCUGUAUGCAUUAAUGUACAAGAAUUGGAAGAUUCUGGUGGGAUAUUAGCCUGUACAAUAAAUGCAGCAUGCUUGGCACUUAUUAAUGCUGGUAUUCCAAUGAAAUUUACUAUUGCAGCAGUGAAUUGUAUGAUACAGGAAGGCACUGAAAAUAUUAUACUAGAUCCUGAUAGUACUCAAUUACAGGAAGCUAGAGCAGAAUUUACAUUUGCAUUUGAUAGUAUGAAAAAAGAUGUUAUAUGUUGUGAUACUGUUGGUUGUUUUACGGAGACAGAAUUUUUGGAAGCAAUGGAAAAAUGUAAACAAGUUAGUCAAUAUGUAUUUGAUUUCUAUAGAAAUCUUGUAAAAAAGUAUGCAAAUGUGAUAUAAUAUAUAUACAUAUAUAGUUUUCAAAACAUGUUUUAAAUACUUCUGUCAGGAUCAAGUAACUCCCCAUUACCAUCUUUUUACCAUAUGCGAAAAAAUCGAUUUAAUGAUCUAUUAAGUCAAUUAAAAAUGAG